AGUUGUAGUCAUUUGAGUGAAAGAGAAGUUCAAAUCAAAUACAAAAUGUUUGAAAGAUUAUCACAAAAAGGAUUUCUCCAAUCAAUGCAACAACAGAUGAGAAGAGCCAUUAAUCAAGAAUUGGGACAAUCGAGAGAAACAAAUGAUUUCAUUGAAAGAGAAGUUCAAACCGAAGACAAUGGGAUAUCGAUUAAGGAAACAAAUGACUUAAAGUGGGACUCUUUGGCUAAAGUGUCUUCAAUUGCCAAUUGGGAGAAACAAUUGCGAUAUGAGUUGCAAAUCGAUAAAGAGAUUCAAAUGCGAGAACUCGAGAGACAAAGGGAACGACUUCUGACUGAAUCCAGAGAACUACAAGAAAGAGAUAAAAGUUUGAGAAUUAAAUUAGACGCGCGAGAGAAGAGAGUCAGACAGCGGGAAGAAGAACUUAAUACAUCUCUUCAAGAACUUAACGACAAGUUGGACGAAGUGACCGCCAAAGAACACACCAUCGAUACUAUUGUUAACGAAAAAAUCAAAAAUGAAUUAAAAGAUGAAAUCGAAAAAUUAAAGAAAAAGUUUAAUGAAUUGGAAAUAAAUAAAAUUGAAUUAAAUAAACGAGAAAACAAAGUGAAAGAAGUGGAACAAAGACUUUACUCUCAGGUGAAGAUUGUUAAGGAAAAAAUUGAUAACAAAAAACUCUUAGAUAUGGAGUUAAUUAAAACUCGUAAAGAUCUAGAAAUUGCACGAAAAGAAAAUGAAUUAAUGAAGGAAAGGGUGGACAGUAUGGAUGACUACCAGAUGACUAAAUUUGAAAACAAAUCACUAAAGAAUGAGUUAAAUAUUGUCAAAGAAAGUCUAGAAAAUAAAUUGACUGAAUUUGAGACCGAAAAACAAAAGUUUGAGAAAUUGAUUAAAGAAAGAGACGAAAAGGUAUUAAAAUUAACAAUUGAUUUGAGGAAAUGUGAACAACAAAUACUUUUAAUGAAACAAAAGCAUCAAGGUGAUAUUGACCAAUUUGAUAAUAAACUCAUACAAUUAGAUAACCAAUUCAAACAAUCCAAACUCGUUACCAAACAAUUACAAUACAAAAACCAAUUGUUAUCAAAACAAGUGUUAGAAUCAAGAAAUGAAAGACAACAGUCCGUUAAAAUCGAUGAUAUUAUACAUAAUAACAAUAUUAUUAAUAAUAACGAAAAUGAAAUGAAUGGCCAUAACUAUGGCUGUUAUAUAUGUGAUGAAAGUGUUAAAGCAUUAGAAGAAACUUCAUUUGACUUUAUGUUAACUCAAAGAAUAAGCUCAGAAAUGAAUGACUGGUUUAGUGGACAACAAAAUAUAAAUUUACAAACAUUGAAGACCAAUGUCUCCACUCCUCCUCAUCAUAAAAACGAAGUGCCAUUCAAUGACAAUAGUCAAGCCAUACAAAGUCAUAAUCACAAGACUUGUGCCAAACAUACUGUCAAAGACAACUCUAAUAUCGGUAAUUCAUUGCAAACAAGUGAUGACAAAGACAUUAAAAGUAUAUAUAAUGAAAACAAUAACACUUUAAAAUAUAGUAUCAGUAAUGUUAAUAAUAAUAAUAAUAAAGAAAAAGUAGAAAAAAGUACACAAAAUAAAGUUAACGACAAUAAUAUAUCAAAUUCAGAAGUCAAUGAUUGGUAA